GAUACUGGCGCAGUGCACACCUCUAUGUCUGACUGUGCGGUCCUAAGUAGGAAUUAUAGGGUAAGUUAUAUUAUAACUUGUAAAGAGCCUUGUAAGGAGUGAAUAGUGAACAGUGUGCUUUUUGGAAAUCGACGGCCAUAAGAAAACUUGAAGAUGAACUUCAUAGGGAAGAUUGAUAGAUACCUGGACUCACUAAAAGUUGGUAAAAGUACGCUUGUAGACUCAUGGUUUAUGAUGUCCAGUCCAAUGCCAAUCUUGGCAGUGGUCGUAUCAUAUCUGUUCUUCCUCAAAAUUGGAACUCGACUGAUGAAAAACCGCACUCCGUUGCAACUGACCACGAUAGUUAGCUACUAUAACGCUGGUCAAGUAGUACUUGCCACUGUACUAUGUAUUAAGGUGUUCAAGUUGAACCUUUUUAAAGAUGGUAUUAUCUAUGCAGGGUGUCGAUACCCGUCGAAUACUCAAAAUCCUUUGCUUCUGGACUUGGGCUGGUGGUAUUUCUUCGCUAAAUUCACAGAACUUUUGGACACCGUUUUCUUCGUUUUGAGAAAGAAAGACAAACAGGUGACAUUCCUCCAUGUGUACCACCACGUUGUGAUGGCUCUCUAUUCUUGGAGCUAUCUCAAAUUCGCUGCGGGAGGUGAAGGAGCCGUCUUGGCACUUCUCAACUCGGCUGUCCACAUCGUCAUGUAUUCAUACUAUUUCCUAUCUGGUUUGGGUCCAAAGUUCCAGAAGUAUCUGUGGUGGAAGAAAUAUGUGACCAAAAUGCAACUGAGCCAGUUCAUUUUAAUGCUUGUGUAUUGCAUCUGGACCUACUUCUCACCGCAAUGUCAAUACGCGGCCGGAUUCACUUACUUCAUAUCUUUCAACGUCAUUGUAUUUUUGCUGCUUUUCGUCAAUUUUUACUCAAAAAGUUAUAAGAAAGAUGCAAAGGAGAGCAUUCAAAAUGGCCACAACAAAAUGAACGGGCAUAAUAAAAUGAAAAAUACAAAGAUGGCUAUUAAUGGUACAAAGGUGCCUUAUGAUAAGUUUGGAGUAAAAUCUGAUAAUGGUGUAACAAGAAGAUCAGUAAAGGAAUCCAGCGGACCAGAUUUUAACUUUAGGAACUUUGAAAAAUGAUGUGUCAGUAACGAAUAAUGGUGGUUAUUGUUGGUCGUCACUAGAUGGCGCUGUUUAUGAAUGCGAUACAUAGUAUCACAGCAGUUAAAUUUGGCAGCGACGUGAUCUUUUUAACAAAGGAACGAUAACGUUAAUUAAUGUAGUAUUAAAAUUUAAAGUAUGUAAAACAUUCGCACCCUUUAAAGCACAUAAUUUUAAGAUAUUCCAUAAAAGCAGGCGUUCGUUUUCCCUCACUUAAUUCGCUUUCAGUGCUGUUAGAACCCGUAAACUGAAAUCAGCGCCAUCUAGUGGUGCCAACAUGAACUUCCUGAAUCUUCUGAGACUGAUGAUUGUGAUUUAAAUGGCUUUGUUGAAAUCAGAGGGUUUGUAUCUAAGUUCAAUGUAAAUAUAGAUAUGGUUGCCUUUCGCAGUUAAACAUUAGAUAAGUACAAGUAAGUAAAUGCCUGUUUGAGAAAACAAUAUAAUAAGUAAAGAGUAGAAAAUAAUGGUAAAUA